AUCCCGUCGGGUCCUGUUGUGUCCCACAUCUUGCAUCGUUCUCACCCCUCCCGUUUUCAUUUUCUCCUCAAAUCACCAUGGGUGUCGACGUCGCGACUACUCGCCCUGGCGAUGGCGUGAGCUUCCCCAAGACUGGCCAGACCGUGUUUGUGCACUACACGGGCACCCUGACCGACGGCAAGAAGUUCGACAGCUCCCGCGACCGUGGCGAGCCCUUCUCUUUCCGCCUGGGCAUGGGCGAGGUGAUCAAGGGCUGGGAUGAGGGCGUGGCCCAGAUGUCCAAGGGCCAGCGCGCCACCCUGACCAUCAGCCACGACUUCGCCUAUGGCCCCCGCGGCAUCCCCGGCGUGAUCCCUCCCUCGGCUACCCUGGUGUUCGAUGUUGAGCUGCUGGACUACAAGUAAAGCAUUUGGCUUUCGAUGUCCUCCCCCGAGUUGCAAGAACGAGAGGAUUUUGCAAGGCAGGAGGGAGCCGUGGAGCAACUGCCAAGUUGCAUGCCUGAGGCGCAGCCGCCAUGGAGCGGAUUACAGCGGUGGCGGUGAAUGGCGGGCGGCAAACAGGAGGGCUGGAAAUAAAUAAGGUGUCACGUGCCUUGGUGCGCGCGGGGUGCUCAUGUUGUUGGUGAAGUUGUCGAGGUCGAAUCAGACAGCUGCAAAAGCUCGCGUGUUCUUGAUUUGAUGGUAGUGUAACUUUCAAGCGGCUGGCCCUGUUGCACUGCGAAGGACGGCCUGGGGACACCUGAGGGAUGCAUGCAGACGCUGCUAAAGCACACCGUGUGGGUGUUCGGGCUUGCGCCUGUGCUUUUGGUUGCAUCUCUGGCUGUUAUCCUCUUCGUUUAUUUCUCCUUGGUUUUGCUGGCUUGAUGUUGCGUUGACGUCAUGCGUGGUGCCGUGUGGGCACCGCGAGUCGGUGGUGCGUGCGAUCCGCGUUGGUGGAAAUCAGCGUUUGUGGACGGUGGCCUCUUGUGAUGAGAGCGACACCCUGUAAAUAGUUUCGUGUACACA